CCGCUGAGUGGGGAACAGAGUUUCCGCGCUUCUUGAGCUGAGCAGCAGACACGCAGAUCUCCAUCGAGUGGCCUAAACAGACGGGAAUAUGGCAAACGUUUGUCUCGAUAGUUUAAUACUCAAGCUCCACGAUGUGAACGCGGUGAAGUUUGGCGAAUACAAGCUGAAGAGCGGCAUGCUAACACCCAUUUACAUCGACCUGAGAGUUCUGGUGUCCUACCCCGUUCUCAUGAACCAGGUCUCCAAUCUCAUCUAUCAACGAGCACAAGAAGAGGGUCUGCAGUUUGACUUGGUGUGCGGGGUUCCAUACACAGCCCUGCCUCUGGCCACAAUUAUCUGUUCUCAAAAUGAACUGCCCAUGCUCAUCAGGAGGAAGGAGGCCAAGGACUAUGGAACCAGGCGCAUGGUGGAGGGGUCGUUCCGUCAGGGGGACACAUGUCUGAUCAUCGAGGACACAGUCACCAGUGGCAGCAGCAUCCUGGAGACCGCUGAAGUGCUCUACAAAGAGGAACUCAAGGUGACUGAUGCCAUCGUCCUCAUGGACAGAGAGCAAGGCGGUGUUGAGAUGUUGGCUUCCAAGGGAAUCAGGCUCCUGCCCAUCAUCUCCAUGUUCAAGCUGCUCAACGUGCUACUGGCAGCCGAACGCAUCGACGCCCAAACCGCCCAGAAGGUCCGCAAGUUCAUCUUGGACAACAACACGUUCGGCUCCAAGGAGGAGAACGGCAAUGACGUUCCUGCCACCAAGAAACCAUGCGUGGAGAAGAAUCUGGAGCUGAGCUAUGCAGACAGAGCCAAACUACCAAACGUUCACCCCCUGGCGUCAAAGCUGCUGAACAUCAUGGAGGAGAAGCAGUCGAACCUCUGCGUGUCUGCAGACGUGACCAGCGGCGAGGAGCUUCUCCAGCUGGCGGACUCUCUCGGGCCCAAGAUCUGCGUGCUGAAGACGCAUGUGGACAUCCUGCAGGACUACAAACCGGCCUUCAGCCAGACACUGCAGACUCUGGCCGAGAAACACAACUUCCUCAUCUUUGAAGAUCGCAAGUUCGCUGACAUUGGGAACACGGUCAAGCAUCAGUACGAAGGUGGCAUCUACCAGAUCUCAUCUUGGUCCCACAUAGUGAACGCUCAUGCGGUGCCAGGGCCCGGUGUGGUGAAGGGUCUGAGUGCUGUGGGAAAGACUCUGGGCCGAGGCUGUUUGCUCAUUGCACAGAUGAGCUCCCAGGGAUCGCUGGCAACCGGUGACUACACAAAGGCUGCGCUACAUAUGGCGGAGGAGCAGUCGGACUUUGUGUUUGGUUUUAUCUGUGGGUCAAAGAUUUCCAAUAGGCCAGAGUUCAUCCACAUGACACCUGGGGUGCAGAUGAAGGCUGGAGGUGACACGUUGGGCCAGCAGUACAGCACCCCAGAGGAAGUUAUCCACGUGAAAGGCUCUGACGUCAUCAUCGUGGGACGCGGUGUCUUGGAAGCUCCCGAUAGGCUGAAAGCCGCCGAGUCAUACAGAAAGUCGGGCUGGGACGCUUACACAAAGCGACUGAGCCAGAGUGACCAGUAGAGAGGAGGAGCAUCGGCGCCACUGCAGAUGACCUGGACGUACAAUUGUUCAUACAUGGUUCUAAAACGACUGCAACAUAAAAUACACGUUUGUUCGUACGCCGCACACGUGCGAUUUGCAAAAGCACAGGCGGCGUCUGUGAAGAACCGGACACUAUACUGUCAAACAUAAAUGCAUGCGUUGUAUACUGUCUUUUCGAUUCUAUCCUGGUUUAUUUUGCUGCUGUGAUUCCUUCCUAGGACCUUGGUGAUCUUCUGAGGAACGUCCGACCAGGUUUAAACAAGAUUUGUCUUAACAAUUUGGGUGUUGGUGCUUUUAAUUAUUUUCUUAUGUAUGUUUUCCCUGGUCUGCUAAAUGUAAAAAAUGUGUCACAGUAGAAACUACGGUGUUCCAUUCCUAAGACCUUUCUUUGUCACAAAUGCACCAUUCCUGCAUAUGGAUGCUUUUUUUGUGGAAAAACUAAAAAGUCAUAAGAGCGUAUAUUAGUUUUUUUUUUUUAAGUUGUUGAUCAUCUUUCUGUUGUAAUCUGGGAGCUUUUUCAGCACACAGUCAAGUCACUAUCACUCAUAGUCUUUAUUUUGAACUCCAGCGUCGCACACUAUCAGUAUUAUCUCAGGAAUAGAUGCUGGUGUCCAAAUAGAAACUAAAUAGUCAUUUUUAGUUUUUUUAUGGUGGAACAUGAUGCCCUCUAAACACGGUUUCUCAACCCUGGUCCUGGGGGACCCACUGCCCUGUGUAUUUUUAGAUGUUUCCCCUUCUCCAACAUCUAAAACAUGCAGGGCAUGACGGUCUUUCCUAGCACCUUUUUAAUUUGUAAGUAAUAUCACCAUUAAGACAUACUGCCAUUUAAAAACCUUUUUUGUUUGUUGAGGCAGUUACAUUUUUGUCCUAACGAAGGAUCACUGAGCUCACAGAACAAGUUUAGGAGUAGUUGCUCAGUUAUUAAUGCAGUUUGUCCAACAAACAUGGAAAAAAGUGCCUCCAGUUAAACACCACCCUUCCUAAAAGAAACAUAUCUCUUUAGUCCUGGAGCCGUAACAGUGGACCUCCUGUGGAUAGAGUGAAAAGGUGCUGUGUUCUUUGUGUUGUCCCCCGUGUCCCUGUGUCCCCUAGUGGAUGAAUCUUCUCCAGGGACCCCAUGGUUUUCUCUACGUAGUUUACUUUUAUAAUUUUUAGGGAGGUACGAUGUCUUGUUUUCUUGUUUGUGUUUUUUGUGAAGUGAACUCCAAUAAAUAAUUUUGUUUUAUUCUGCUAUAAGACGGGUUUUAGCAUGUCCCCCUCACCAAUGACUUCCAUCAAUUUAUCCUAAUUUUCCAUAAAAAAAGAGAGACUGAAAUUAGUCUCCUGUUGGAAGGAAUCACUUAAGAUUUGAGUUCAGAACAAUAAAGUGACAACUUUACAAUUAA